AUGGCAAUUGCGGAGAUAUUUUCCGCAGGGUCUAAUGAUUUUGACCCUGCUACUGCUACUGAUUCAGAGAUUAGUAGACAUCAAUCUUGGUUUCACUACUAUUCCGAUCUGAACAGUAACAACAAGCCGUUUCGGAGUUUUAAGGAUAAGUAUGGUCCAUAUACUAUAAAGGGUGAUAAUUUCACCAACACCAUACAAUGGAAACUAAAUGAUACUCUGAUCACUUCUAAUGAUACUUACAGCGUAGGUAUUGAUAUCACUGGGUAUGGAUCACGUCAAAAUUUCACAUAG